CCGCAAGAAGCAAUGUCAGGCUAAAGGUGAAGAGAAUAGACAAAUCAACAAGUGUCAAAAUAGGAGAUUUUGUAGUCCACGAACUACAAAUCCCACCCACCCACCAAUGUGACAGACAGCACAGCGCUGUGGGGAGAGAACUGGAUGCUCCGGAGACAGUGAGAAGGGGAAAGAGACGAGAGGGUUUCAACAUAAAUGGAGGUUCAUCGAUAGUGGGGGAGAAUUAGAGCUGCAAAAAUACAAGCAAAAUGGCGAAAGACCAGGAGGUCGAGCGCAUUGCUAAAAAGCUGGACAAAAUGGUGCACAAGAAAAACACGGAUGGUGCUAUAGACCUUCUGAGGGAGCUGAAGAAUAUGAAGAUGUCCCUGGAGACUCUGCAGUCCACCAGGAUUGGGAUGUCUGUGAACGCCGUGAGGAAGCAGAGUUCAGAGGAGGAGGUCCAGACCCUGGCCAAGACCCUCAUCAAGUCCUGGAAGAAACUACUUGACGGCGCAGAGGGGAAGGCCGCGGAGGAGAAGAAGAAAGAGGUUUCCCCUCUGAGGUCUUCAAUGUCUACAGACAGCCCUGGGUCCAGCGACAGGAGCAAGAAGCAGCCCUUGCCUGAGACCCCCAAAACCCCUACCACCCCAACUACUCCCAAGUUCACCUCCUUUCCCCCCGCUCCGGUCACCACGGACACCGUGCGCACCAAAUGCAGGGAGCUACUGGAGGCGGCGCUGCAGACUGACGGUGACCACAUAACCAUUGGAGCCGAUACUGAACAUCUCGCUGCUCAGAUUGAGGACAGCAUCUACCAGGAGUUCAGGUCAACAGAUCAGAAGUAUAAGUCUCGGCUAAGGAGCCGAAUCUCCAACCUGAAAGACCCGAAGAACCCGGACCUCCGACGCAACGUGCUCGCUGGGAACAUAUCUGCCGAGCGCAUAGCUAACAUGGCCGCAGAAGAGAUGGCGAGCGCAGAGUUGAAAGAGAUGAGGAAGGCUUUGACUAAAGACGCCAUCAGAGAGCACCAGCUAUCGAAAGUGGGCGGGACUGAGACGGACAUGUUCCAGUGUGGGAAGUGCAGGGGCAAGAACUGCACCUAUACUCAGGUCCAGACCCGCAGCGCAGAUGAACCAAUGACCACCUUCGUGCUGUGUAACGGCUGUGGUAACCGCUGGAAGUUUUGUUAAGGUAUAGAUUUUGGAUUUGCUACAGGACGAGCAGAUGUGGAUAAAGAAGAAAACCGGGACCUAUUUUGUUACAACUGUAGAUUCAAUUUCUUUUGGUUUUUAUACCUUUUUUUUGUUUUUUUACUCAAAUUUGAAAAUCUUUGACAUUUAGUAGCAUAUUUUUUCUUGUUGCUAUUAUAUUAUGAUAGCCCGAGUAAAGCUUUGCUCCCAUGCCUCAACUCCUUAGGGAUUUGUUGUGCUUGGCUUGACAAUAAGUUGGCAAGAGUACAAGCUUAUCUGGGACCAGGCUGCACUUAAAUAUAUAUAUAAAAGGAAAAACCUUUGGUUUGAUGUGUGUUGAAGCUAUAGCCUACUAAAAAGCUUAUUUUUGGCAAUAGGCGCAUAGUUCUGCCUUUCUUGUCUGGACUGCCCCUCUGUGCCACAAACUAUUUUGCUGUUAGUUUUAUACACUCUUGCUUCAUAGAGAGAUACACUCUGGCAACAUAUCAAAUGGCACCCUAUUCCCUUUAUAGUGCACUAGGCCCAUAUUCUCUGGUUAAAAGUAGUGCACUAAGUGGGGAAUAGGAUGCUAUCUGGGACAUAUACUUGCUGUAUAUAGAACAGGCCGUUGUUUGAAAAUGCGCUUGUCCUUAUUCUGAAUCUACACAGUCUUACACGAUACACAGGUCCACAACGAGUUCCAUUUAGGUUUGAAUUCUUCCAGAAAUUAACGAGAAGCGGAGGAUUAGGUAAGAUGUGGCGUUAUCGAGGAGGGAGGGAGAGUCGCCUGGCUCUCCUGUUUCUUUCUCUGUUCGUUUGUUAACAAGGGUUUUGUGUGCUACUGAAUAAAUAGCCUGUCAUCCAAACAGAGUUUACAACGUGGUAAAAGUAAAAUCUGUUUGGAUUCCACGCUCCUGGAAGAGAAGAGUGCAUCCUGACAAAAUCUAUCUACUGGAUUGAAAAGUUAUGUCAUGCAAGUGAUUUUUUUUGUACGUAUACAUUUGUCCUCCCUGUGGGAACUUGUUGCAAUUUAAUUAAAAAUGUAAGAGGUGUGGAAAAAGA